AUAGUUUUACGGAGGUAACAGACAAGCUAUUUGUUUUCCGUAAAACUUAAGCGUUGAACGUCUAAAACCCCUCCCUAGUGUAAAAUGUUACUGCCUCAAAGUACGCCUUCUGUUAAUAAUAGACAAAAUGGCGUCGGUCCUAAAGAAAGGCUUUCGUCCAAACAAAUUUGCAAAAUUAAAAAUUUGUUAUCCAUUUAUACUAGCUCAGCUUUUUGCCGUACUAGCAUUUACCAACUUAGUAUCGUGUCAGCUUGUCAUUAAUGUUAAAAACAAAGGUGGUGAUCUGAUCCAGGAGUCAUUAAAUGGGAACCCAGUGGAAAACACAAUCACUUUGAAAUUUCAGAAACUGGAUGGAACAUUGCUGGAUAUGUUGAUUGACUUUAAAUCGGAAGUGCAAAUUUUUAAGAUGAUUGUACUCGGCGAGGAGGAGAGGGCGGACGAGAGCCAGUACCAAACUAUGUGCUUCAUCUUUAAGUUCCUCAAGUCUGAGUUCAUCUCGGCAGAUGCCAUGUCAAAACUGAGACAGAAAAAUCCUGGCACCAUACGCAACCCAGAGGAGGACAAAGGGGAGGAGCGACUGAUCAUGAAUUUAGGGGUGGAUGUCAGCCUGGCAUCCAGAUUCAGCCCCUGGGUUCUCAAUGUCUGCUCUGAGGCCAAAGGUCGCAUCUUCACCAGGGACUCUGAUCUGAAGGCCUGGGCAGCAGGGAACAAUGCAACCUAUACAGCUCUCCUAGAUGCCACACAUAGCUGUCCGCUCUUCACAACUCCUCGCUGCGACAAGACCAAAGACACUGCAGUGGCGUGCGUCUGCCGGUUACCAAUCUGCGUUGGCUGGUACCCCUGCGGGCUCAAGUACUGCCGUGGAAGGGAUUCCGCCGGGAAGACCGUUAGCUAUCGCUGCGGAAUAAAAACGUGUAGGAAGUGUCGUGUGUUUGAUUAUUAUGUUGAACAGAAAUUGAACUGCAUGUGGGAAAGUGUAUACUAAGCUUGAAGGUGUCGCUGGAAGGUUUUGAAAAGCCCAUAUUUCACACAACCAACUCCAUGAGAUAAACUAAACUUAAAUUCUGUCUAAAAUUAUUCACUGAUUACUCUACCUGCCAAGUUGCUACUUUACAAAAUACACGUUCCUGUGUUUGACAGACUGUACCAUUUUGUUUCCCAGAGCGAAAUCGGAAAUGAAGAAAAAUUUACAAGAGGGAAACAGUUUCUUUCUGAGCAUGAGUUUGUUGUUGAGGAACGGGAUUGACAUUGACUACUGGAGGUUUUCUCACACUUUGUGGAAUUGGAAAAACAAUGGAAAAUGGAAGAAGUCCUGGCAUUUUUUGGAGUGGCAUUUUCGCAUAGAGAGUGCCACGUCUGAUAUCUCUGAUUUCAUAAUAGUUUCUAAUCUGUUUGGUACCACGUGCUGUUAAGGAAUUUUCCAGUUGACUGGCAAGAUUAUUUCUUCUGCUGGACCAGACGAGAAAUGGAAAUGUGCAUUGCAUGUGAAAUGAAAUAUAAGCUCACCAAACAACCCAUUACAGUGGGUGAAAUUUAGUAACAUCAGGAAUACUUUGCAGCAGUUUUGUGGCACAGACGUGUGUACAUACAUGUACAUGCACUUAAUAAAAUUAGAUGCUGCCCUUGUUGCAAAAAGUGCUCCAACUGUGCCGGUGUCUACCUGUAGUUUGCGAUUCACUAGGACUAUAUCCACUUGUCCAAAUAAGGUAAAUAAUAGGCAAAUAUGCAUCUGAUGUUCUACUCUACAAUGGCAAUGUAAUUUCACUCUCUGCGUUUAGUCAAUUUAACUGUCCUGACUCCACACCUGGACUUUCUGCACUGCCCUACACUGUCCUGCACUGCCCUACACUGUCCUGCACUGUCCCGCGCUCUACGGUUUUUAUGGUCUAGAACUGGAAAUUGGACCUCAGUGGAUCAGUUUUUUAUAUCUAUUUAUUGUCUUUGUUACAGUGCUUUUGUAAUACACAUAUUGAAAAUAAACCUGUAAAAAGCUUCAUAUUUUUGUAAGUAAACAACCCUUAUGGCUCAAACUA